AUGGCCAAGUCUUGUGCUGCAUUCCUCGUCUUCCUUUGCCUUUCCAUGCUCAUCCUCUCAUUUCCUGAAGUGGAGGCUAAGGUAUGCAUGAAGUUGAAAGUUGAAGCGUUAGAAGGGAGUACUUGUAAGAUCUGCGACCCCGAAUGCAUUAAGUGGGAAAAUGGAAGCCAUGGAGUUUGCAAAAAAUACGAAAUACGCAUUGCUUGCACCUGUCCUUGA